GAACAGCAGGAGAGAGGCAGCUUCACUUCUUAAAAGAGCAGCUUCUGAGUUUUUCUGUGGGUGCAGAUUACAGCUCUGAGUCCACUCUUAGACCUACCACGGCACCUUGACCUUCUCAGGCUUGCAGAGCAUUCUGGAUUUCUUUCUCAAUGCCCACAGGCUCCUCCAGCAUGAAGUGUGUGGCAGAAUUUUUCACUUAUGAAACUACCAAAUCAGUGGUGGUGAAGAGUUGGACCAUCGGCGUGAUCAACCGGGCAGUCCAGUUGCUCAUCAUUUCCUACUUCAUUGGGUGGGUGUUCCUGCAUGAGAAGGCCUAUCAGAUUAGGGACACCUCCAUCGAGUCCUCUGUGGUGACAAAGGUGAAGGGCUUCGGCAAAUACAGCAACCGCGUCAUGGACACAGCUGAUUACGUUACACCUCCACAGGGAACAUCAGUAUUCGUCAUCAUCACCAAACUCAUUGUGACAGAGAAUCAGGUACAAGGCUUCUGCCCUGAGAAUCAGCCAGAAUAUUCGUGUGAGUCAGACAGUCAGUGCAAGAAGCCUAGCCCUAUCACAGGAGGAGGGAUCCUGACGGGCCGCUGCGUUAAUUACAAUUCCACUUUCCGGACAUGUCAGAUACAGGGCUGGUGCCCAGCGGAAGUGGACAACAUACCUGCACCUGUCAUGCUAGAAGCAGAAAACUUCACCCUCUUCCUUAAGAACAGCAUCCGUUUCCCACUGUUCAAUUUUGAGAAGGGAAAUCUCCUCCCUAACUUCACAAGUCAAGAUAUUAAGAACUGCCGCUUUGACCCAGUAGAGCACCCCUUCUGCCCUAUCUUGCGCCUGGGGGACAUCGUGAGGUUUGCUGGGCAAAACUUUGCCUCAUUGGCUGAGAUGGGCGGGAUCAUAGGCAUCAAGAUUGGAUGGGUGUGUGAUCUGGACCAUUCUUGGGAGCGCUGCAUCCCCAGUUAUUCCUUUAAUCGGCUUGACACUGUCUCUGAAAAGAGCAGUGCCUCUACUGGAUACAAUUUCAGGUACGCCAAGUACUACAAACAAGAGAAUGGCACAGAGUACCGCACACUGAUGAAGGCAUUUGGCAUUCGUUUCGAUGUCCUGGUAUAUGGCAGUGCUGGGAAGUUCAACAUCAUCCCAACCCUCAUCAAUACUGUGGCAGCCUUCACAUCUGUUGGGGUGGGGACAGUCCUGUGUGACAUUAUUUUGCUCAACUUCCUGAAGGGAGCAGAUCAGUACAAGGCCAAGAAAUUUGAAGAGGUGACAGAUGCAGCACUGAGUCCAAACACUCCCACCAGCCCCAUGUACCGAAGCAGCCAGACACUGGGAGGUCGUUGUGAGGAGAAGCAGUCAACCGACUCAGGAGCCUACUCCAUUGGACUCUAGUAAAUAAGAAACCUUGGACAUUGAACCCUGCAUUAUUCUGUGUCCUGGGCACUACUCCGCCCCCAGGCUCUUCAGUUUGGACCUUCCCAUCACAUCCUACUAUUGAGGAAACUGGUUGUUUUUGACCUCAUGCUCUCCAUUCUUCCCUUUCUAUCCUGCAUUCCCACCCCCACCCACCCCCCAGGAACAUAUCAUGGCCCUCCUUUCCAUGGGAAGCUCUCAAAUCGAGUGUGAGAGAGAGAGAGAGAAUGACCACAACAAAAAUGUUAUUUGAAAAAGGGAAAUCUUUAGAUUCCCAAGAAAGUAAUCAUCAUCUAGCUGAAGCUCUGAUAGACUGAAAAUGUGCAUCUCAGCUUGCCAAAAUAGCUUCUUUUAGUAAUGGUGAGGCUGCCGUUGCCACAACAGCCGUCAUCACCACCACUGCAUGCAAGAGUGACGGAUCCUUCUGAUUUGUACUAUGUGGAGACAGUACUGCUAUAGAGCAGAAUUAGGCAGGUGAUAUAUAUAACUGAAGAAAAAUUAAAAGAUUGUGUAAUCUAUUAGAAAAUAUGCAACGGCCAAGGUUUGGGUUGGAGCCACUCUAUCAGAUCACAUUACACUGAUCUCAUGCCAGCUUUACUGUUAGUUGCCAGUUUGCUUCCAGGAACAAUCCAAAGGUGCUGUUUUUGACUUUUAAAGUCCUAAAUGAGCUGGGACUAGAAUAUUUUCAAAGUUGCCUCCCCACUAUGAGCCUGCCUCUGGUCCAGUUUGGAAGCCUCCUUUGGGUUCCCCUACAAAUUGAAGAUAUGGUGUAUGUUCAAGGACCUUUUCAGCUGAAGCACCCAAGAUCUGGAAUGGCCUCCCAGAAGAGGAACACCUGACCCCAUCACUGCCUGUUUUUUGAUGGCAGUGAAGACACUCCCAUUUCAGCUACCCUUUCCAGAGUUGUGAUAGCAGCAGUAAAUCCUGAUGUUUCAGUCUGUUUAAAGAUGUGUUGUAUUUGUUUUAUUUAGUUUGUUAUUGCUACCAUUAUGUUAUUUUACUAUUAUUGUAAGCCAAGUUAAAUAGUCCUGUGGAAAGGUAUGGUAGAAAUCAGUACUGUACAAUAAACAGUGACCAAUUUG